GUGCCUAGAGUGCCGCGCCUCCGCCGCUUCGUGCGGCCGCGCGCGACGCCGACGCCACCGACAACACUGCACACACCGGCACCACCGACGCGACCGCGACUCCGCGCGAUCGCUGCGCCGCGCCGCGGCCUCUGGUGCGCGCUGCGGCGCUGGCUGGCGCCGCGGCUCAUGGCGCUGCUCGUCUUCGUCGGCCCCGUGCCGCUGCUGCCCGGCGGCUGCCCGCCGGCCCUCGCGGCGCACACGACGUCGCUGUGCAUCGACGCGCCCGCGGCCGCCGUCGACGCGCGCGCGCCGCCGUGGGCGCCGCUCCGGUCGAAGCCGCGGACCGACGAGCGCCGCGACGCGGACGCCGCGGCCCCGCGGCGCACGUCCUUCGUCGCCAACGCGGCGGCGCUCGUCGGGCCCGCCGUCGUGCGCGUCGACGUCGAGCGCGGCGAGGGGCGGCCCGAGUACUCGCACGCGUCGGGCUUCGUCUACGACGGGUCGAACUGUCUCGUGCUCACGAACGCGCACGUCGUCCAGGGCGCGACGCGCGUCGCCGUCGUGACGGCCGAGGGCGACCGCAAGGACGCCACCGUGCUGGGCGUCGACGCGCACACGGACCUCGCGGUCCUCAAGGUCGCGGACGCGAGGAACCUUCCGGAGGCCGAGCUCGGCGACGACGUCGCGCUGCGCGUGGGCGACUGGGUCGUCGCCAUCGGCCACCCCAUCGGCCUCGACCACACCGUGACGCUGGGCAUCGUGUCGUCCAAGGGCCGGUCCAUCGCGUCGCCGGUCAUGAGCCGGCGCGACGACGAGUCCGGCGCGCGGCGCUGGGCGGACCGCGUGCGCUUCAUCCAGACGGACGCGGCGAUCAACCCGGGCAACUCCGGCGGCCCGCUCCUCGACGACGCGGGCAGGGUCAUCGGCAUCAACACGGCCACGGCCAUGCACGCCGACGGCAUCGGCUUCGCGAUCCCCGUGACCGUCGCGAAGCGCGUCGCGGCCGACCUCGCGGCGGGCAAACGCGCGCGCCACGCCUACCUCGGCGUGGAGCUGAGCCCGCUGACGCCGGAGACGCGGCGCCUCGUGCGCGACGAGGCGGGCGACGCCGUGAAAUUGCCGGACCGCGGCGCGCUCGUCAUGCGCGUCGUCCCCGGGUCGCCCGCGGCGGCGGCGGGCCUCCGGCGCCACGACGUGCUCGUCACCGUCGCCGGGGCGCCCGUCCGCGACGUCGCGACGGUGCUCGUCGCCGUCGAGGAGGCGAACGUCGGCGACUCGCUGUCCCUGGGCCUCCGCCGCGGCGGCGGCCGGGAGCAAAACGUCGCGGUGACGACCGCGAACCUCGACGACUUCUCCGACCCCCUCGACGCGCCGCCCCCGGCGAAGAAGCCCAUCCCGGCCGCGGGGCGCGACGGCGUCGGGCGACUCGGCGUCGGCGCGCGGCGAAGCUUUUCGUAAAGGUUCCUGGCACCCC